AUGGCAAUGGUAGUUAGCAGCUGGAGAGAUCCGCAGGAAGACGUGGCCGGGGGGAAUCCGGGAGGCCCCAACCCGGGGGCAGCGCAGCCGGCCAGGGAGCAGCAGCAAGCGCCCUCCGCCGGCCCUCACACGCCGCAGACCCCGAGCCAGCCGGGACCCCCCUCCACUCCGGGCGCUGCGGGGGACAAGGGCCAGCAAGGCGCGGGUCAAGGCCAGCAGCAGCACAUCGAGUGCGUGGUGUGCGGGGACAAGUCCAGCGGCAAGCACUACGGACAGUUCACCUGCGAGGGCUGCAAAAGUUUCUUCAAGCGGAGCGUCCGCAGGAACUUAACCUACACCUGUCGUGCCAAUAGGAACUGUCCCAUAGACCAGCACCACCGCAACCAGUGCCAGUACUGCCGCCUGAAGAAGUGCCUGAAAGUGGGCAUGAGGAGGGAAGCGGUUCAGCGAGGACGAAUGCCUCCAACCCAGCCGAACCCAGGCCAAUACGCUCUGACGAACGGGGACCCCCUGAACGGCCACUGCUACCUGUCCGGAUACAUCUCGCUGCUGCUGCGGGCCGAGCCUUACCCCACCUCCCGCUACGGCAGCCAGUGCAUGCAGCCCAACAACAUCAUGGGCAUAGAGAACAUCUGCGAGCUGGCGGCCCGGCUACUGUUCAGUGCGGUGGAGUGGGCCAGGAACAUCCCCUUCUUCCCCGACCUGCAGAUCACCGACCAGGUGGCCCUGCUACGGCUGACGUGGAGUGAGCUCUUUGUGCUGAAUGCCGCCCAGUGCUCCAUGCCCCUCCAUGUGGCCCCUCUCCUGGCCGCCGCCGGCCUCCACGCAUCACCCAUGUCCGCAGACCGAGUGGUGGCCUUUAUGGACCACAUCCGUAUAUUCCAGGAGCAGGUGGAGAAGCUGAAGGCCCUGCAUGUAGACUCUGCGGAGUACAGCUGCCUCAAAGCCAUCGUCCUCUUCACUUCAGAUGCUUGUGGCCUUUCAGAUGCUGCUCACAUUGAGAGUCUACAGGAAAAGUCCCAAUGCGCACUGGAGGAGUAUGUCAGGAGCCAGUACCCCAACCAACCCAGCAGGUUUGGCAAACUACUGCUGAGGCUUCCCUCCCUGCGUACUGUCUCAUCCUCAGUCAUUGAACAACUCUUCUUCGUCCGCUUGGUAGGUAAGACCCCUAUAGAGACACUCAUCAGAGAUAUGUUAUUAUCUGGAAGUAGCUUCAACUGGCCUUAUAUGUCCAUCCAAUGUUCCUAGAGAACACCACUGAGAGACAUGGCAACAACACUCAAAAGGACAAAUAGACAUAACAUUAUACAAAACUUCUUAGAAUAUGAGAGUAAUGAACUCCGUGUGUUUGGAAAACUGCAAACAAAAAAAAAUGGACCAAGGGGAUUCAGUUAUUAAAAAAUAAGGACACGAACCCUGAUGGAUGCGCUGUGGACUGAGUUGGAUUUAUUCUGUACAGACAAAAACCUGAAAGACUUGCUAUAAAUCCUUUGUAGAAACACAUGCACAUAACUACCAUGAACAUUUGUUGUUGAUUUUGUAAUAUAUUAGUCUUUAUUUUCAUUUUUUUUUUUUUUUGAAAUUUAAAACAUUAUAUGCGCAUACAGAAAGUAAGACAUAAGAAUUAGGGGAAAUAGCAGUUUCCAAAUAAUUAUAAAAACAAAAAACUUGUCCUGUGUCUAUGUAUCUAUAUCUGUUUUGUAUUUUUUCUGGUUCCAAACCAGGUUUCCUGUAAUUCUCUACUAAUAAUUUUUUGAUAUAACCCUUUGCUUCUUAUAAUGAGUGCUAUAUGUUGUCCAAGCUUAUGUUCUUCAAGAAUUAAAAUUGAAGUGAGAAUUUAAACAAAAAAAUAAAAGACUUUAGCAAA